CGGGAGGGCUGACACAUGUAAAUGCAGGCGAGGCUCAAAGGGAUGCUGGCUGGAUUUUGCUUCUCUUUCCAUCACUGUGGGGCCGGGUAGCGGAAUCCACCGGGGCCCCUCCUCUGGCUGCCUUUCCGGAAUGAGGCCUCGGUGCCCGCGAGGGACUAUCCCCUCCUUCCCACCGAGCUCAAGGAGAGAACGUAGCCGAGACGAUGCCCGGGAAGCUGAAGGUGAAAAUCGUGGCCGGACGCCAUUUGCCUGUGAUGGACCGUGCUAGUGACCUGACUGAUGCCUUUGUGGAGGUAAAAUUUGGUAAUACUACCUUUAAAACAGAUGUGUACCUCAAGUCACUCAACCCUCAGUGGAACUCAGAAUGGUUUAAAUUUGAGGUGGAUGAUGAAGAUCUGCAAGAUGAACCUCUGCAGAUCACAGUUCUUGACCACGAUACUUACAGUGCAAAUGAUGCCAUUGGUAAAGUGUACAUUGAUAUCGAUCCUCUACUGUAUAGUGAAGCUGCUACAGUCAUCUCAGGAUGGUUUCCAAUUUAUGACACCAUACAUGGUAUCCGUGGAGAAAUCAAUGUGAUUGUCAAAGUAGACCUCUUCAAUGAUUUAAAUAGAUUUAGACAGUCAUCGUGUGGAGUCAAAUUCUUUUGCACAACAUCUAUACCAAAGUGCUACCGAGCUGUAAUAAUUCAUGGAUUUGUAGAAGAACUGGUGGUCAAUGAAGACCCAGAGUAUCAAUGGAUUGAUAGAAUUCGCACACCAAGGGCAUCAAAUGAGGCCAGACAGAGACUCAUUUCUUUAAUGUCAGGUGAACUGCAGAGGAAGAUUGGCCUGAAAGUACUUGAAAUGAGAGGAAAUGCAGUUGUCGGGUACUUACAGUGUUUUGAUCUGGAGGGAGAGUCUGGGUUAGUGGUACGAGCCAUAGGAACAGCGUGUACUCUGGAUAAAUUAAGUAGCCCAGCAGCAUUCCUUCCUGCAUGUAAUUCCCCAUCCAAAGAAAUGAAGGAGAUUCCCUUCAAUGAAGAUCCCAACCCCAAUACUCACUCAUCAGGACCCUCAACCCCUCUGAAAAACCAAACUUAUUCCUUUUCACCUUCCAAGUCCUACAGUCGACAGUCCUCUUCUUCUGACACAGAUUUGAGUUUGACACCCAAAACUGGAAUGGGAAGUGGUAGUGCUGGAAAAGAAGGAGGGCCAUUUAAAGCUCUUUUAAGACAGCAGACUCAGUCAGCAUUGGAACAGAGGGGAGGAUCACCUCAUAGGUUCUGUAAACGGCGGGAAUUUCCAUUUUUUACUUUGACGGCAUUUCCUCCUGGAUUUCUUGUGCAUGUCGGUGGUGUUGUUAGUGCACGCUCUGUGAAGCUCUUGGAUCGCAUCCACAAUCCUGCCUUUGUCGGAAUUAUGGGUAACACAAGAUCUUACAAACUGCUAGACUGGAAUAGUUUCAAUGCAGAUGAACCAGAAACUCGGGAUGCAUGGUGGGCAGAAAUCAGACAAGAAAUAAAAUCACAUGCUAAAGCACUUGGCUGUCAUGCUGUCGUGGGCUACAGUGAAUCAACUAGCAUCUGUGAAGAGGUCUGUAUUUUAUCAGCAUCCGGCACAGCGGCAGUACUGAAUCCUCGAUUUCUGCAGGAUGGCACCGUGGAGGGCUGUUUGGAACAGAGGCUUGAAGAAAAUUUGCCUGUAGGCUGUGGAUUUUGCCAUAUACCAUAUGAUGAACUGAAUAUGCCAUUUCCAGCUCAUCUCACAUAUUGCUACAACUGUAGGAAACAAAAAGUUCCUGAUGUUCUCUUUACAACGAUAGACCUCCCCACAGAUGCAGCAGUCGUUGGAAAGGGUUGUCUUAUUCAGGCAAGGUUAUGUCGCUUAAAAAAGAAAGCACAAGCAGAAGCAAAUGCUACAGCUAUCAGUAAUCUCCUUCCUUUUAUGGAAUAUGAAGUUCAUACUCAGCUAAUGAAUAAGCUGAAACUCAAAGGGAUGAAUGCUUUGUUUGGGCUAAGAAUUCAGAUCACAGUGGGUGAAAAUAUGUUGAUGGGCUUAGCGUCUGCCACAGGUGUGUAUUUAGCAGCUUUACCAACACCUGGUGGUAUUCAGAUUGCGGGGAAGACUCCUAAUGAUGGCUCCUAUGAACAGCAUAUCUCUCAUAUGCAGAAGAAGAUAAAUGACACAAUUGCUAAGAACAAAGAGUUAUAUGAAAUCAAUCCUCCAGAGAUAUCUGAAGAGGUUAUAGGAUCACCCAUCCCAGAACCCAGACAACGUUCAAGACUUCUGAGAUCUCAGUCAGAAAGCUCUGAUGAAGUUAUAGAAUUGGAUCUUUCCCAUGGAAAAAAAGAUGCUUUUGUUUUGGAGAUUGAUGAUACUGAUGCCAUGGAAGAUGUCCAUUCUCUACUUACUGAUGUUCCUCCUCCUUCAGGCUUUUAUAGUUGUAAUACAGAAAUUAUGCCUGGUAUAAAUAACUGGACCUCAGAAAUACAGAUGUUCACGUCAGUGAGAGUAAUCAGAUUAAGCAGCCUUAACCUGACUAAUCAAGCUCUCAAUAAGAAUUUUAAUGAUCUGUGUGAAAAUUUGCUCAAGAGCCUGUAUUUUAAACUACGAUCUAUGAUUCCCUGCUGCCUUUGUCAUGUAAAUUUCACAGUAUCUCUGCCUGAAGAUGAAUUAAUUCAGGUUACAGUCACAGCAGUUGCAAUAACUUUUGACAAAAAUCAGGCUUUACAGACCAUAAAAACACAUGUUGAAAAAUCACUACAACGAGCUUCUACAGACAAUGAAGAACUUCUACAGUUUCCACUGGAACUUUGUUCAGAUUCACUUCCUCCCCAUCCUUUUCCACCAGCUAAAGAACACCUGGAGAGUGCCAGUUCUAACUCAGGUAUACCAGCUGCACAGAGAGCAACGUCAGUUGAUUACAGUUCCUUUGCAGACAGAUGCAGCAGCUGGAUAGAGCUCAUUAAACUGAAAGCUCAGACCAUAAGGCGUGGAUCAAUUAAGACAACUGUGACAGUUGAAAAAGCAAGUCCAGUGGCUGAAGGAAAUUUCCGGAAUCGUUCUGCUCCACCUUGUGCAAAUUCCACAGUUGGAGUUGUUAAGAUGACACCUCUUUCUUUCAUUCCGGGAGCAAAAAUAACUAAAUAUCUUGGGAUAAUUAACAUGUUUUUUAUUCGGGAAACCACUUCUCUUCGUGAGGAAGGGGGAGUCAGUGGUUUUCUUCAUGCUUUCAUUGCUGAAGUGUUUGCAAUGGUGCGUGCUCAUGUUGCUGCAUUAGGCGGGAAUGCUGUUGUCUCCUACAUCAUGAAGCAGUGUGUCUUCAUGGAGAAUCCAAAUAAAAACCAGGCACAGUGUCUUAUAAAUGUAAGCGGUGAUGCAGUGGUUUUUGUUCGUGAAUCUGACUUAGAAGUAAUAUCAACUCAGCAACCUACUGCCAACUGUCAGCCAUUAUGUACAGGAGGAGAAGUAACAACUUGAAGAAAAUUAGAAAGUUCUCAUUAAAUGAAAUUUAUCCAUCUCCACUGUUUUGUCAUUAAUUAUCUUCAUAGACAAAAAGAAUGAAUGUAAUUUGAGAUAAUUAAGACAGAAUUGAUAUCUUAUGAGUAGAUCUGAUUUGUCUGGAAUCCUCUGGUGGCAUGAGAAUUUCUAAUCCUGAUGUUUUGUCUAGACAGACAAGCCCAAUAGAAUCUUGCACCUUCAGUAAGUUAAGGUAAAUGUCUGAGUGAACUGUAGCAAAGAUGAAGUUAUUUGUAAUUUAUUUUGAUUUUAAUAAAGUCAUAAUUUAAAAAUGCAAUGGGAAGAUUAUCAGGAAACUAGGAUAGCUACCUUAUGUAAUUUAGAAAAACUAAGCAAGAACUUCAGAUUAUUAAUGAAUAGAUAGUUGAUACGAGAAAUGUGUAGGAAACAUGGAGAAAAGUUUUCAGAAAAUUACUUUGGGUUUCUUACUGUAUUUUAUUUUGAUGAGGAUCUGGGUAACAACUGAAAGAGGAAAGUGCUUUAGCCAUCUUCUAAAAAGAAGUCACUUGAUAAAUCCUAACUACUGUAAAAGAAAAAGUAAUUUGUCAGAACUGGUGUCCUUUCGUUGAAAAUUUUAAUAUCUCCAAGGAGGGAGGGGAAAUUAUAUAAUUUCCUAACUUGCUGCCUUUGAGUUAGUAUUUCAUCUGUCUAGAAGAGGUUAGGCUUCAACUGGGAAGAAAACAUUUGUUGUGGUGAAAAUACAAUUGAUCUUGUAGGAACAUAAAAUUAUUUUCAAAAAAUUAUAUUCCACUCAUAUCAAAUGAACAAUUUUGGUAAUAUCUUAGAGAGCUCUGAUGGUGUUAGACUGAGUUUGGCCUAUGUUUGGAAAUGUAACUUGAAGUAAAUAUGCUGCAAAAUGUUGAAUGUAUACAUAGGAAUACUUUUUUCUUGUCAAUGCCAAAUGCCCGCUAUAAAUGAAUCUUAAAUAGUACAUUCCUCCUUUGCACAAUAAAAUGUCUUCAUAAAAUU